UGCUUUUGAUUGUUACAGUCGUAUGGGGCACAGGAAGAUUUCGUCUGCAUGCCACGAAUUGUAGAAUAAUGUUUUUUGUAGUAGGGCCUGUAUUACUGUAUUUGCCAUUCGUUUUUAUUUUGCUUUAUAUUUCAAUUAACUAUUUUGUGAAGGGUAAAAAUUCAGUAUGUAUCGUUGUACUUGGUGAUUUGGGAAGGAGCCCAAGAAUGUUGUACCACACGUCAUCCUUUGCAAAAGAAGGCUUCCACGUUGAUUUGGUUGGUUACGGUGGAUCUAAACUGCCUGAUUCUAUUAGAAGAAACAAAGACAUCAGAAAGUAUUUAUUGCCAGAUGUCCCUGCUUUUUUAAAAUAUUGUCCCCGACUUCUGGUAUUCAUAUUGAAAGUAAUAUUUCAAAGCAUAACACUUGGUGUAACAUUGUUAUUUUCACCAAAAGCUGGUUUCAUAAUGAUACAGAAUCCACCAUGCAUACCUACCUUGGCAGUUUGCUGGCUUGUUUGUUGGCUGAGAGGAAGUAAAUUGGUGAUAGAUUGGCAUAACUAUGGAUACACAAUCCUUAGCUUAGGGGUUGGUGAACAGCAUACACUGGUCAAAAUUGCAAAAUGGUAUGAAUUCUUUUUUGGAAGAUUUUCAGCAGUUAAUUUUUGUGUGACCAAUGCAAUGAGGACAGAUUUAAGUUCAUUAGGAAUAAGUGCCAAUACUUUGUAUGAUAAGGCACCUGAAGAAUUUAAGAAAACACCAGUUGAAGAUAAACAUAAGCUGCUUCUAAAACUAUCAGAAACAUAUGACAUCUUUGUACCAGAUAAAAAACCUGAAAAAUACAAAGAAGAAACAGUAUUGACAGUUAAACAGUCUGAUGGAAAAAUUGUUAACAGACAAGACAGACCUGCAUUCUUAAUAAGUAGUACCAGCUGGACAGAGGAUGAGGAUUUUGGAGUAUUACUACAAACUUUGCAUGAGUAUGAGAUAGCAGCAGAUACUAAGGAUAACAAAUUACCAGAUGUUGUUUGUGUCAUAACAGGAAAAGGUCCACAGAAAGAAUAUUACAAAGAGAAGAUAGAAAAAGCUGAAUGGAAACAUGUAAAGAUUUGUCUCCCCUGGUUGGAAUCAGAAGAUUAUCCCGUACUUCUAGGAUCAGCUGAUUUAGGUGUUUGUUUACACACUUCAUCCAGUGGGUUAGAUCUGCCAAUGAAAGUGGUUGAUAUGUUUGGUUGUGGUGUACCUGUAUGUGCUAUUGAUUAUAAUUGUAUAUCAGAACUGGUUCAACAUAAUCAUAAUGGCUUAGUUUUUAGUAAUAGUAAACACUUGCUUCAGCAGAUAAAGAUUCUUUUAGAUGACUUUCAUACUGGACAGAAAAGGCUGACAGAAAUGAGAGAAAAAUUGGAAAUAUUUCAAGCUAUCAGAUGGCAUGAGUCAUGGAAAAAGACAGUUUUACCUUUAUUUACUAGUGAAAAACUUAAGGUCCACUGAAAUCUAGUGUACAAUCAUUUCACAUGUGGUGGUCUUACCUUAGCUGGAUUUUAGUACAGCUGUCUAACAUUAAAACUAGAAACACAACACGUUUCUUAAAUUAUAAGAAAUAAGAAAUACAUCUAAACUAACUAGGUGCAGGUUAUCAUUGUUCUCUUCACAUUGUUGAUAUGUUUCAUAUGGAACUUAUCUAAUGGCAGACUUUACACUGCUGCAUAUUUAAUGCAAACUUAGAGCUUGGUAUUUUGAUAAAUUUAGAUAAUCUAUCUGUGCCUUUUAAGCGUUGUUAUUUUGUACAUUUUUUUUUAUUUUCUACUUAAUUUUGAUGACUAUUGUGCAUUUUGUAUAGUAAAUGUCCAUGAAAAUUGAUACCAUAGAAACAUGUAUUGCUUUGUUUUCAAAGUUAUUAUUUGUGUGGUACUGUGCUUCAAACAAAAAAAUGUGCAAGUGGGACCUUAGUAUUAUCAUAAUAAUGCCUUCCAUCCUCAUGAUAGACUUCACCAGUAAAUAAGAAACUUGAAAUAAUGUGAAAUAAACCUAUGCUUUUCUCCACAGACAAAUAAAUACAGCAUGUUCCCACAAAUUAUUCUUUAUAACAUUAAAAGAUCAAGGACCAAUGUAAUACUUUAUUUAAUUUUUGUCUCGCCUGCCAGUAUGCAAGACAUUGUCAUUACUAUCCAGCAGAUUGUAGUAAAACCUUCAUCUUGAAGACUUUCAACAAGAAAUAAAUGGUCUGUAAGGUAGUGAUUUAUUUCAGCCUCAUGUGCACUCAUGUUUAUAAGUAAUAUCAUCUUAAAAACUGACUUAGGAAUUUCUUUAAUUUUUAAAAUUUAAAUGUUAGAGAUUUUGUGUUAAUGAAUCAAUACAUUGCAUGUUUUUUUAAAUGUUAAGACUAAUUAAUCAAAGAGUUUAUAUCAUAGUUCAAAUUAUACAUUUAAAUUUGCAGCAAUUUACAAACAGAUUUGGUACAUAUUUUCAAUUAACAUUGAAAACCCUGUUGUUAUGAAUGUAGACAAUUUAGGGAUAUUAUAUUGUGUUAUUUAUUUAAGUGAUAAUGCUUUAUGUGUCAUGCAUUGGAACUGAAUAAAUGUUUGAUAUAAA